AUGAUUUUAAAAUCAAUUCUUUUAUUUGGAUGUAUUUUACCAAGUAUUUUCGCCGGAGAAUGGACAAUCGAAAUGGAAUAUAGUUUUGACGAUUUUGCGACAAGUUCUAAACUCGGUAUAAUCGAAUUGCGUAGGCAUUAUGAUGGAAAUUACACAAAUACUUUAAAAGUUUUAGCCGAUGAUUCUUUUGGAAAAAAAAUAUAUGAAGCCAGAGAUAAAACAUAUACUGUUCGUGCACGAUCUUCAACCCAACCUGGAGAAGAAUUUCUAUCAACAAACGAUCCGUGUCUUUUCCUUCAAUCCAACCUAUUCCAUUUGUUCUGGGUCUCGAUCAACCAACAUGCUGAGAAGCUGCAGAGUCUUACAGUGUUUCCAGAUUCUGUAGCCUUCAAAACUUCAGAUAUCAGUCUGCAAUCUUUUAAUCCGAAGGCAACUUGUGACGAGAGAACAGUUGGAAUUGAGCCAAGUCUAGAAAAUCGAAUCGGCGAUGGAAAAUUGAAGGGAGUUGUCCAUGUUAACAGCCGCUCAAUUCUCCCACACCCUGACACUGCCGCAUUUGUUGCGAGAAUCGAGAAGGAGAAAAAAGCGCGUCAACAUGGAGCCGAUGCCGAUAAUCGUAGCUUUUUGGCCAAAUAUUGGAUGUACAUCGUUCCGGUAGUGAUAUUCGCGUUUAUUUCUAACGCAGUGAAUCCCGAAAAUGCCGAAGGCGGAGGCGGUGGAAGAGCCCAAUAA